UAACUGGAGUUGUUUACUUCGUAUUUGUAUGCUUGACUUUAAAGCUAACUUCCCUAAAUAUGUCACUAAUAUAUUCUUUUUUAUUUAUUUAUUUGUGAGGGAUAAUUUAUUUGCCUGAAUUCCUCUGGCUGUGUGUAGGUCGCUGCGGUUUAUGAUGUUACUCAGACUCAUCUCUGUGCAGGGAUGUGCCAGGAGCCAGCCUUUGCUUAGUGACUCGUGGACUUAAAAUUGUGGGGGUUUAGAAUUAGACUGCAGUAAUGCUAAACGCUAAACAUGAAGUAGAUGUUAGGAUUGUUGCAGGCUCUUUACUUUGGUUGGGUUGGAAAGGUGCAGUUUGUCCUCGUGUGCUCGCAAGUUGCCAGGUUGCUUUUACCGCAGGGCUGGGGAGGUGGGGCUGGGUUUCCCGCUGGGGAACCCCUCGGUGCCCGCCGCCGGUGCGGGAGAGCUGAAAUCGGUGUCGCUUUAAUAAACUUGAAGCUUUCACGAGAUUAACUCUUCCCGGUGGUUUUUAUGGCCUCGCCGUCCCGCGGCGGUGGGCGGAGCCAGAGGGGGGCGGUGCCUGAGGGGGGCGGUGUCAGUGCGCGCCCCGCCCCCCGGCGGCCGGGCGGCGUCAUGGCGGCGGAGCGGGACGGGGCCGGGCAGCGGGAGCUGAGCCUCUACCGGCGGCUGCCCAAAGUGGAACUUCAUGCUCAUUUGAAUGGCUCUAUCAGUUCUGCCACCAUGAAGAAACUUACAGCCCAGAAGCCGUGUCUUCAGAUCCAGAAUGGAAUGACUGUGAUUGACAAAGGAAAGAAAAGGACCUUAGAUGAAUGCUUUCAGAUGUUUCAGAUUAUCUAUCAGAUUACCACUAGGCCUGAAGAUAUUUUACUGAUAACUAAAGAUGUUAUUAAGGAAUUUGCUGAUGAUGGUGUCAAGUAUCUGGAAUUGAGGAGCACUCCUAGAGAAGAAAAGUCCACAGGUAUGACCAAAAGGAUGUAUGUUGAAACUGUACUUGAGGGUAUAAAGCAGUGUAAAGAAGAAGGCUUGGAUAUAGAUGUCAGGUUGCUGAUAGCCAUAAACAGAAGAGGUGGCCCGGACGUUGCCAAGCAGACUGUUAAACUUGCUGAAGAGUUCCUUCUUUCCACUGAUGGGGCUGUAGUAGGAGUUGACCUCAGUGGUGAUCCCACUGCAGGACGUGGUCAAGAUUUUUUUGAACCACUCUUAGAAGCAAAAAAAGCAGGCCUGAAGCUGGCAUUGCAUCUUUCAGAGAUUCCAAAUCAAGAAGAGGAAACCAAAGUUCUGCUGGGCCUGCCUCCUGACAGAAUUGGACAUGGAACAUUUCUCAACGCAGCCACAGCGGGUUCAGAAGAGUUAGUGCUGCUCGUUCGACAGAAUCAGAUACCUAUUGAAUUUUGCAUGACAUCAAACAUCAAAACUCAGACAGUGCCCUCCUGUGACAAACACCAUUUUGGAUACUGGUACAACAUGGGCCACCCUGCAGUGCUUUGUACUGAUGAUAAAGGUGUCUUUGCAACAGAUCUAUCGCAGGAGUACGAGCUGGCUGCAGAAACAUUCGGUCUGAGCCCGUCCCAGGUGUGGGAUCUCUCCUAUGAGUCAAUCAACUACAUCUUUGCUUCCAGUGACGUAAAAUCCAAGCUAAGGGAACGGUGGUGCCAACUGAAGCCAACCCUGUUUGAUUAAAAACUCUUGUUCUAAGCAGCUUGGAUGUGUUAGCUCAGGUAGUAACCAUUUCUGACUGAAGUCCCUGGGUUUUUUCAAACUUCAGGUUUAUAAAUGCAGCCCAUAAACUGUGCCUGUGAAAGGAAGGUGAUGGGAACCCCUCCCGUGUUAGUGGGGACAGAGGUAACUGUUCUUCCCUUGUUGGGAAGGGCUCCUGACCACUGACUGAAAUUCCAGGUGUGUCCUCACCUCCUUUCUCUCAGUUGAUAUGACAUUUUUUAAAAAUAGUUUAAAUAUGUCGUCGUACUACAGAUGUGUGAGUCAGAACACAAUAAGGGCUCAGCUGCCAGGGCCGAGGAUGUCUCUGCUGGCAGCGUUCUGCCAUCGGGGGGUGUGGUGUGGACAUUUGGGGUUUGAAUUGUUUUUAAACAGAAGUUCUGAGCAAUUGGUUGAGUGUGAAGAUGGAAACAAACUCAGGGAGAGUGAGAUACUUGUCUCAAAGGCAUUAAAUGUUGCCUGUGUUUCAACUGGGGCACAGGUGUGACUGCUGCCUGCUGUGGAUGGCGUGGUGCCUCUGGUGGUGCCUCUGGUGGUGCCUGGUGACACACUCGGCACCGCUCGCAUUUACACCAAGUUCAGAAUCUUGAACGCCUUCACAAACCGUGAGCUUCUGGGGAAUAUGGUCUAAUUCUUCAAAUGCUUUGUAGAAUUGCUGUUUGUUUCUCAUAAAAGAAAAAAAAAAAGCACUAAAAAUA